AUGGUGAUUAAAUGUAGCAUAAUUUACGCUGUUUUAAUUCAAGCCAUCGUUGAAUCGAAUCCAAAUUAUCAAUGGUCCUAUGAUUCUGACGUAUUCGGUGGUCCCGACUUUUGGGGUCUCGUCGAGAAGGACUGGUGGAUGUGCAAGAAAGGACGAUUACAAUCGCCAAUUGAUAUUCAACCGAAUCGAUUAUUAUUUGAUAGCGCCAUCAAACCAGUCAGAUUGGACAAAUUGCCGGUGCUCUCUGAAUUAGUGAACACUGGCCAAAUGAUUCGAGUUCGAAUUGGUUAUUUUCAUCGAAAACCAAGUGUUAAUAUAACUAACGGUCCUUUAUAUGGGUACAGAUAUAGAGUUCAACGUGUUGACAUUCAUAUGGGUCGCGGACGAGAAAAUGGCAGCGAACACACGAUUAAUGGUCGUCGGUAUCCGAUGGAAAUUCAACUAGUCGCAUUUAACACUGAUCUCUAUGCAAAUUUCACAGCAGCAUCCAAAUCUCCACACGGAAUUGCAAUACUUUCUGUUCUGGUUGACUUCGGUAAAGAAACCAAUCAAGAGCUCUUAAAACUAACAGUAGCAACAGCUAGCAUUUCUUAUAAAGACCAAAGAGUUCAAUUAGGAGAUUUUGAGCCGUGGAGGCUCUUGCCGUACACCAGAGAUAUUAUAACUUAUGACGGAUCUCUUACUUCACCAGGGUGUCAUGAAACGGUUUCCUGGAUGAUAUUCAAUCAACCUAUUUACAUCACCAGGGAUCAUUUUAAAGAAUGGUCCAAAGUUUACAUAAGCCGCGAAGGAGAGGAAAAGGUUCCCGUUGCUCCAAACUACAGGAAAACUCAAGAAACGAAUAAUCGUCUUGUCAGGACCAAUAUACAGCAUAAGAUCAGCUAUAACUGCAAAGUGUCAGUGAAUCGAGUUAGUUAUCGAGCAAAUACUCGAAGCAUUUCUCACAAUCGAAACCCAUUCAAGCCAUAA